AUUUAAAGUCCCGUGUUGUUGAACUUCCGGUAAAAAGGAAAGGUUUACUGAUCUUUUAAAAUAGGUCACGUGCGUGAGACACACACACUUCGUCUUCACGCUCUCACACCGUACCUCCGAAAAGUCGACGAGAAAACAAGUUAAUCAUUCCCGUGUGUGAAGUUUUAUUUGGAGCAGCGGAUAUCCGGUUGUGAUUACGUUGCUACGCAACGGGUCAACAGCAUUCAGCAGCGACUGUUGGAGAAGCAGGAAUGUCGUCUACUUUCUCAGCAAAUCAGUACGAGAGCGCCUUCAGAGCGCAGAUGCAGAACCGCUGCGAGGCCAAGAGGCCAGGAGCUCGGGUGGGCCACACCUCCUUUAUCGCAGACAGCAAAGGACAUCUCCUCCCAGGAGUGAAGAGAGGCAGGUUCCUGCCAGACUAUAAGGGCACCUGGGAUUUACCUGCUCGUAUCCCAGUCCAUCCCAUCAACCCCACAGCCCGCUCCACGGAGGGACUCAGGCGGCUCCAGGUGUGGGGGCUCUGUCCUGAGCAGGGUACCAAACUACAUGCAGGAACCAGGAGCGCUGAUGCAGGCGAGCAGACUAGUGUGGGCGUCCGGCCGGGUGCUGCCGACGCCCAGCCGGCGCCCCAGAGCCACAACUCGCCUCCGGCUGCCUCCUCUCAACACGACAGUCAAGCUGCAGCAAGUGAAAGGCCGCUGAGCCAGAGCCCUGCUGCUACGGAAGCCCGGGAGGGACGUUCGUUUCUAUGCUGCGACAUGUCUACUGAAUCCUUCACAAUAAAAGCUUCUGCAUCCAGGAACUAAUA